AUGACUACGUUCGGUGGUGUUACUGGCAUUUUUGUACCAGAUCGAAUCACACUGAAGUUUGUGCAGAAGCGCCAUUUAGUACGACACAGGAAUUUGAACACCUAUUUCAAGCCCGACGAUGACGCAGUGUACGCUGCGAUAUAUGAGAUUGAUUUGGGAAACGUGAGGUCAUUCUUGGCUAAAUAUCCCAAGCCCGAUGCUGUUGUCCCUAUUCGGGAUUUCGAGGGAAUGAAACUAGAUGGAUGCCUUAUUGGCGGGUGUACGACUGCAGAAGAGGAUUUCAUUCUUGGUGCUCUCGUCCUAGAUCAAUAG